UAGUAUUUAUAGCAACUUUCAGCGUAUUUGAAUAGGAGAUGUAUACGUUUUCCUUAUUGUCUUUCGUACUGUUAAUGCUAUAUAAAGCUUCAGUUGGGAACGAGCUGCCUUGCGAUAUCAAGAAAUGUCACUUUGGUGACUCCGUAUGCCUUAUGAAUACCAUCAACGAUUUGAUUGGACACUAUCCGAACGGUAUUUCGGAGAUUGGUUUGGCCCCAUUGGAUGUCACCAGGCUGCAGGAUAUCUCGAUUGUGGACGGCUCUAAAAGUGAUCCAGUUUGGUUAUCCUUCCACAUAAAAAACUUAAAAAAUAAGGGCUUCAACAAUGCAACUAUUACUCGUGUCAAGGGCUUCAACAAGGAUCCGAGCAAGAGCAGCAUGAUAAUCAAAGCGCAUAUACCAAGACUUAUCCAUAAGGGAAUUUACAAUAUGCAGUCUCGUGUUUUGUUGUUUGUGGCAAAUGCAACGGGAAAUUUUCGAUCCGAAUUUUUGAACUUUCGCUUAAAAAUGAGGAUAAAGGGUAUACAGGAAUACCGCAAUAACAAGCGAUACUUGCGCAUCUAUGAACUAAAACCCAAAGUGGAACUGCAGCGUUGGGUAACUUGGCUUGAUUCAUUAUAUAAGGAAAAUACUGAUCUUACAAUUGCGCUUAACAACAUUAUCAAUGAAAAUUGGCUAGAGUUUUGGCAGGACCUUGAGCCGGGUAUGCUGAAAACCUUUGAGCUGUGCCUCAUGUCAAUACUGAAAAAGGUCUUCGAUAAUGUGGCCUACGACGAUCUGUUUCUGCCAGACGAAGCAUAAUUGAAUCGUGCAUAUAAUAGAGUAUUAUAUCAUAGUUAUGUAAUAGAGGAUGCCGUUCAUUUCAAUGGAUUUCACUCUCAUUUAUACUCUGCUCUGUAGAUAGAGGAGGU